GUCCGUCUGCCGAAUUGCCGCCGAAUAGCUGACCUGCCGCCCCUCUCCGGAGUGGCUGCCCCAAGCACCUGCUUGCCUGGCUGGUGCCUGGAGCUGGCCCUGCAGGUGAAGCAUUCAUGCCGUUAGUCUGUGUGAUGUGUUAGGCUCCAGGGAAUGGCACAUGCCCCAUAGCUGCCAAAUACUGCUCCAAAAUGGUUCUGUGGGCAGGUGCAUGACUCCCUGGAGGCAAAGUGUUUAGAGAACAGGUUCUGUUCUUGGUAAGUAACUCACUUGCGCCCAUCAGGUGUUAGCAUUGGAGUGCGUUUUAUGAAAUGUUACCACAAAGGGAAUGGAGACCAUGGAAGUUUUUGUGAAAUGUGCUUACCGUCCGCUCUCACAGUGACUUGGUUCAGAGCAUUACGAGCAGGGAGCUUUUCUUCCUCCUGGAAUUUCUUCAACGUGCAAAUCCCGCCUCUGAGCUUGGAAGUGCACUUUGUGUCAAACUCUGCUGCAAACUCACUUGUUGCCCAUCAGUAGGUGGUCAGGCCCCAGGCCUGCUCCUCGGGGCAAGCAGUAGGGUCCAUGGUCUCAAGUGCCAUCUAAUCAGAAUACCCUCUAGAGUGCAGUUUCCUGCUUUGCGCACACAGCUGUAGAGAGAGUGCGUGGGCCACUCAGGUGCUGUGUGUGUGUUGUUUGGGUUUUUUUUUUUAUUUAAUCUAGCCUUUCAGACUCACAUAAAAUGUUCUUACAUUUCUGCUGUUAAUGACCAUUUCAUUUCACAGGCUUGGUUACCAUUUACAAUGUAGCUUGCUUAUCCUGGCAGGCAGCUGUGGCCUUUUAAUAGAGACUCUGACCUGUGCAAGAUGACUUAUUAAUCUGUCAACAUAAUGGUUUAAUUUCUGCUUCUUUCUGUGCUUUUUGGUCUAAUGGUUUUGUUUGCUGUUUCUGCUUAGCUUAUCAGGCAACCGAUUAUCUCCCUCCAGCUUUAGAAGGUAAACCUAUAUUCUAUUAAACUUCUCUGACCAAAUCCUUUCCUGGACCUGUGACUUGGCAAGACUAAUCUUUAGUGCUUUGGUACUAGCUGAAGAGAGCAUGGCACUUGUAUAAUGUGCACGCGUGAGAUUCUGCAUGCUUGAGUCUCUACUACUUGCUUGAAGUGCAAACAGGCUGGUGUUUAUCACACACAAUUCUGGGAGAUGCAAGGACUAUCCAUCUUCACCACUGAAAGGGUGGGGGUGGGGAAAGGGCUGUUCAGCUAUUUCUUACUAUUAAAGAGAGACUUUCACACAGGGAUAUGCUUUAAAAAAUAGACAUGUCACCUUGUUCAAAUAAGAGCUCUUUCCCCACAAGCUGCCCUUGCAACCUAGAUUCUCCUUAGCCAGACUGCAGUGAAGCCAUAUUUGUGCCAUAGAUCUAUUGUAAAUGUAGACUGUUGUAAAGUCAAAGCUGGCACUAUUGCUUCCCUGCAGAAGCGAGUAGGCGAGGAUGAGCUGGUGGGGGGGGGAGGUCCUUCCAGAGUGAUUGCUAGCCUCCAGGAUUGCUGCCAAAAGGGGCGAGGAAAGAGAAUCCACUCCAAGAGCCACAGGAAAGGCGAAGAGAUUUUUUUCAAGUCUGCUUUGUCCAGAGGUUUCCCUAGUACAGAAGUCCCUCUUUAAUGUAAAAAGGCUAUUGAAUUGCCAUCCUUUUGUACUUCCUUUUAGAACCUGCUCAAUUUAUGUGCUUCUGAUCUGUUGCUGCAAACAACAUGCAGAUGUGGGAAGGUCGAAAAGCAAACAGCUCCCACUUACACUCUGCAAAAUUUCAGGCGCACCCAGAAAAUGAGUACAUCAAUAUAUGAAGCAGCUUGAAUCCGGCAAGUUUUGCUGUGGCCAAAUGAUAAGGGAUAGUGCAGCAAUUUCAGAGAUUUAAGGAGUUGCUGGGGAAAUGACCUAAAACUGGAAGCCUCUAACAAAAAGUCUCCAACAUUUACCCAGUGGCUACUGUGGUUCUUGCUCCUCUGCAGAAGAUCAAAUGGGUCACCAAGGCCAUGCUGCUAGCAGCACAGCUUGUCUGAGGCCCAGUCUCCAGUGCUCUGCCUCUUAGUCAGCAGUCUUUGGAGUUUUACCUCUGGCUCUGGAGUUUGCACAAUAUGGGCCAAGUUUAUCCCUGGUGCCACCCACUGACAUCAGUGGUGUUACACAAGGGUUGAACUUGGCUGUAUAUUUCAGUGUAUGCAUCACUGGUUUGUGGAGGAUGCUGUAUAGUUGGUCCCGUCUACUCUUGGAAUCUAUGAAUCUCCUGCUAAAUCUGUAGAUGAUGUAGGUCCUUGCUGCCGUUGGAGCUGCGUAGGCAGCUGUCACAGCUCAGAGUCCUGACAGAGGGCUCAGCUCUGAGUCCAAGCUCUGUGUAUCCAUUUACUCUUUAAAAAUGUAAUGACGUGAGGGUAGCUGAUGAAAGGAACUGAAUUUCCAGCCCUCAGGGCUGAAGUUGGCUCACUGAACAGGUCAGCAGCAGUGCCUACCUAUGAUCUAGGGGAACCCCUCUAAGAGUCAGAGGAGUACAGGCUCCUGGGACCUUCCAUUUGCUCCUUCUGCUGAUACUGCCCAUACUGAGGCCAGCGAGCACCAGUCGUGGAGCUGUCAGUAACUGUUUCUAUGAAUCUCCACCUCCUGCCUUCCCCCCCCACCCCCCACACACUUCUCCUGCAUGUUUAUGGAAGCUGAACACUUUGUUUUGUCUUAAGCCUUUCCUUAUUGCAGGUGGUGCUGCAUGAACAGUGUUGCCAACUGUAUGGUAGUACAUGGUGUUUCUCCUAGAGCCCCAGCUCCUGGAGACCUGUGAUGAUAUGAGAAUGUCACAUUUUAAAAAAAGAGUAACUUUCUAUCCUUUCUGGUUGCAGGGGGAAAACCUGAAAAUAUGAUCCCUAAAGGCCCCCCAAAGCAGAAGGCAAAGACCCAAAUUUUAAAAAUGCCAGGAAAUUUUUAAAAGUGCUGAAGCAAAUCUCAUGGAUUUUUGGGGGGGCUGAACUAAACUUUUUUGACCCUGUGAGAUUAGCAAUACUGGAUCGAUACACUGUAUCCAUUCAGUGCCAUACGUGACUAGCACUGAAACAGCUCUAAGAUGCAUCUUAUGAACUUCAUAGAGUCUAGUAGCUCCUUGGACAGUUCAGGCUAGUGCUUCAGUCUGAACUUGCUAUGCCCACACAUUACAGUGCAUGAGCUUAUAUGGUCCCUAAUGCCUAGAUGCUGUAGCAGGAGCUAAAGUAAAGAAGUUGUGCCAGCUUCACGGACAGUUCCCUAGCUCUGAGAGGUGUAAGCCAGGCUCAGAACCUCCUGUAGGAGGGUGGGAGCACCUUCUGCACAAUCAUUGCUCAGCUGACUGAGGAGACCCAGCCGCAGUUUGAAACUACCCUCAAAUCUCGUGCUGUAUCUGAGGACUCUGAUGCCAAAUUCACAUGCAUAGUAACAGGAUACCCCCAGCCAGAAGUGACCUGGUAUAAGGAUGAUGAGGAGAUGGACCGAUACUGCGGCUUACCGAAGUAUGAGAUUUUCCGGCAUGGAAACCGCCACACCCUGCAGUUAUACAAAUGCAGAGAGGAUGAUGCGGCCAUUUACCAGGCCUCUGCUAGGAAUACCAAAGGCAUCGUGUCCUGUUCCGGUGUCCUGGAAGUGGGAACCAUGACGGAGUAUAAAAUACAUCAGAGGUGGUUUGCCAAACUCAAGCAAAAGGCUGAAGCCAAGUUGCAUGAAAUAGAGCAGAGCCGAAAACAAGGGAAAGAAAACAUGGAGGUGGAGAAGCUGAGGACAAGUCCUGAGAGAUUCCAGCGAAAGCGCCGGCUGACUGGGGAUCUGAACCUGCGUUCAGGUGUCUCCCUAUGGGAGAAGGAAGAUGUAGCAAAGGUGCAUGUUGCGGAUCCUAAGUCAAGGUUACGGGAAGAUGUUGCUGAGCCCAAGGAGCCAUCCUUAAAUGCAACCGCUGGAUUUUCAAACAACUUCCUAACAAGGCCUCUGGAUGCAGAGGUGACCACCAAUGGAGACUCCUCUAUGGAAAGUGGGGAGGAAAAUGGAAAUAGCUUUUUCACAUACAUCUAUGAGACGGUGGAGGAAAUAACUACCAAGCCCACCACCAGAGAGUCCUUUGCUAAAAAGAAGAAAAAGAAGGGGGAAGAGCCUGCUGCUCUCUUGGCAGCAAAACAGGAAGUUUCAAGUCAAGAAAAUGGGCUGAUAGAGAGCCAAAAUCUCUCCCAAAGUCAAAGAAAUGCCCCUUCUGUUGCCCUGCCAGGGAGCAUGCAGUCAGUAGCUGCAAUCAGCCAGCUGGUGGGAGACGUUCCAGAAGUCAAAGAACUCGGAACGCCCAGCAGUCAGGAUGCUGAAACUGGCAAACCUCAGCCAUGUUCCCUGCCUUCCAGGGGUGACACUUACUUCUCCUUGACAGAGAUGUAUCUUGAGAGUGGAGCAAAACAUGUAAUGGAAGAGAAGAUGCCACAAGCCCCAGAAGAAGCCAAGAAUGGGGCUCAGCUGCAGUCUCCGGCUGUGAACAUUAACAGGCAAAGAGAAACUCCUCCCCCAGCAUCUGAGGUGUUCCUGGUAGGGGCUGUGGCAGGAAAGGAGCAGAAAGGCCAACCUGUGGAACAGGAACUGGAGGGGAAUGAGGCCAUAGGUACAAAGUUAACCAAAAAGGAAAGUGAACUGCCUGGGAAUUUAAACCAGAAGAGAGUUGAGCCUCCUAGCAGGACCCUGGAACUGAGCUCUGAGAUGCGGCACUCCCUCCUAAUGGGAAAUGCAUCAGGGACUCCUUGCAUCUCCUCAUGCAAAAACGUCCAAGAAACAGACUUGCUGGACUCUGUACAACCAAACACCAAGCAGCCCUUUCAGCAUACUACUCCAUCUCUGAAUCAAGUGGCCCCGUGUCUGGAUGUGUCCCAGCUGAGACAGGAGGCAGGAGGAAGCUUGCUUCAGGGCUCCUUGGAAGAACAGAUGGUCUUCAAAGUGCCGUGUGAGGCUCGGGAGGCAGUGAAGCAGGUGUUGUCCUCAACCAGCAACCUGAAACAUUCAGCGUUGGAGCCAACGGAGGACACUAAUCCUCAAGCCAGCCAAUUAAAGGAGCUCAUAAGAGGGAAGCCCAUCUGCAUGGAGAGAGAGACAGAGCAGUCUGAACAGCCAGCCAGCCCCAGGCCGCGAGGAACAGGGAUGCUGAAAAUAAACCAAGAGAGUUCACAGAGGCCUCCUGCUGGUUCUCCUGGCCUCACACAGCCCAGCUGGGUGGAACAUCCACCUUGGAAAGAGGAGGGAGCAGGGCAUUCCCUGAAUUUCCCAGGCAAAGAGACCCAGCAAAGACCAACUCCAAGUGAGGAGAAUGAGGAGCUAGCUACAGCUGGGUCAGCAUUGAAGAAAGCAAGUAGUAUGCCUGGAGGCAAAGCCCCGCUUAAACCACCUGCCUGCUGGAGUGGAAUGGGGGAGGGUGAGAAGAUUGCUCAGCCAUUAACUGCAGAAACAGAGCCAGCUGGAAGCUGGUUAGGGGACAGCUUGUCCUGCACAGAGGUAGAGGAAAGCCCUGUGGAGCCCUCCCAUGAGACCUCACAGCAAGCAGCCGGAGUGGUGGGUGGGAUGUCCUGGGUGCCUAAACAGGCAGCUCCGGUCUCCACCCAAGUGAGUAAGGAAGACCUGUGUCCCGUUGCCAUUGCAAAGGUCUCCGAGUCUCUGGAAGCACCAGGCUCAGCUUCCCCUUCUCCAGUCAAAGAAGCCCCUGCUGAUGGGAAACAAUCGGCAGCCCAGCUGCCAGGUGACGUGAAAAGAGAAAUGGAGACUAGGAAAACAAAUGAAUCUGCACCAAUGUUGGCUGCCACGCCUCACCGCGAGCGGUUUCCAGUCAGCACCGCCAUGGAGCGCAGUGCCAAGCUGGCACCUGUGUCACUGACUCCUGAGAGUGGGGAGGAAAGUGAGCAGAGAGCUGUGACACCAGGCAAAGAGCCAGCGGCUGCAGCUGAGAAAAGCAGCAUAACCUCUACAGGUACAUCUGAACUGAAAACGGAGGCGCCACUUGCUCCGCGGGCUGAAGAGAGAACUCCGGAUGGGGAGGUAUCCCUGGAGCACAAAGUACAGCACAGAAACCUAGUGUCAUCCUUGAAGAAUUAUUUACUUCUGCUUUUAAAAAUGUCCUCAUCGGAGCCAGAUAAAAGUAAGGCCCCCAUAAAGAAGGACACUGAGACUGAAGAGGAGGGGAGCCAGCCUGCUGGGGAGGAGAAAGCACUGCUGGAAGUGGGCAUUGCAGGGCUAAGCCCCAGCACAUCAAGGAAAAUCUUAGAAAGGGUGCAAAAUAACCAACUCUUCCAAAGUGCAGAGAGCUUGCAUUUAAGCCCCAGAACGUCUAGAAGGCUCACAGGAAUGAUUAACCAAGAGUUAGUUACCAGCAAAGAGGCUCUGGGUAUCAGUCCUUUAGCAUGUAGGACACUGCCAGCUAGGGAGGCAUCUGAACCAGAACGGUCUGCCCUGCUCUCUGUCCCUUCUAUCGUGGUGGGUAACGUGGCCCUGGAGGGAACAGGCCAGGCAGACGAUGGACUUUCUGAUCUGCAUCUCGAAAGCAGCACGAAGGAGAACUCCAGCGACCUGGUUGCAGCAUUACCUUGUGCCACACCAGAGGAGCUUGCCUCCGGGGCUCGACGCAAGAUAUACUUGGCCAAAAGCAAGCAGCUGGAGGAGGCAGAGGCUGCAGCCUCGGAGAGCCAAGUGCAUCUGAAGAGGGACAGCCCUACUGUGUCUCCCCGACAGUCCAGGAAGAACCCAGCUCUGUUACAAGCCCCUGUCCCAACUCUGUCUCCUCCUAUGGACCGACACUCCCCAACCCUCCCCAGAAAGAUGGCGACACUUGAAGUUCCUAAGGCGUACGAGGAGCCCUCAGAGGAAAGCAGUAGGACCCUGGAAGGCCCUGAAGGCACCAAGCAGGAAGGACAGGCAGGGGAGUCAAGGAAAACAAACAACCCAUUUAAAGCCCCCCAGCUGAUUCGUAAGAUCAGAGCAGAACAAUUUUCUGAUGCAUCAGGAAACCUGAAACUUUGGUGCCAGUUCUUCAAUAUUUUGAGUGACUCGAAGCUGACGUGGUACAAGGACGAGUUCCCUGUAGCAGAAGCCAGACGGAGCUCAGGUGAUGAGGGGCAGGCAGCCCUGGCCAUUGUGCAGGCAUCCCGGAAGGACUGUGGCGUGUACCAGUGCACCAUCGAGAAUGAGUAUGGCACCGACUCCACCGACUUCCUGCUCAGUGCAGAAGUGCUGUCGGGAUUUGUCUCCAGAGAAGAAAUUGAAGUCGGCGAGGAGAUCGAAAUGACUCCCAUGGUGUUCGCCAAGGGCCUGGCCGACUCAGGCUACUGGGGGGACAAGUUCUUUGGGCGCGUUGUGAGCGAGGACGUGGAGGUGGGCGCCGGCUUCCUGCGCAAAGCCUGGCGCGCCAGGAUAAUCUACGGCCUGGAGCCUGUCUUCGAGUCCGGCCGGACCUGCAUCAUCAAAGUGCACAACCUCAUCGUCUUCGGGACCAAGAAUGAGAACACGCUCAUCGAGAAGAACUACGACAUCACCAUCCAGGAGUGCAAAAUCCAGAACUCGAGCCGGGAGUACUGCAAGAUCUUUGCUGCUGAAGCACGGGCCAUCCCAGACUUCGGGGCAGUGCCCGAGAUCAUCCCUCUGUAUCUCAUUUACCGACCUGCCAACACUGUCCCGUACGCCACCAUCGAGGAGGACCUGGCAGGGCCCUUUGAGCGGUACUGCAUGAAGGAGCGGGACGGCAGCCUGGCUGUUCAGAGCAGCUCAGAGAUCGCGCAAAAGUGCUGCACCUUCCAGCACUGGCUCUACCAGUGGACAAAUGGAAACAUCCUUGUGACCGACAUGGAAGGCGUUGGGUGGAGGAUCACAAACGUGAGGAUAGCUACAAAGCUGAAAGGGUACCAGGGGCUGAAGGAGAGCUGCUUCCCGGCCCUGCUGGACCAGUUUGCUGCUGUCCACCAGUGUAACCGCUAUUGUGAGAUCCUGGGCCUGAAGAGUCUGGAGAGCCUGCAGCAGCCAGCCAAGCCCAAGGGCUCCAAGAGCCCCUCCCUGGGCAGGAAGGCCCCCUCAGCCCAGUCCAGCCCCCAGCUGCAGAAGAAAGGCCUGGCAAGCCCCCAGGGCACCCGGAAGGGCGCCGUGAGCCCCAAAGCCUCCCGGAAAUCCACUGAAGCUGGGGAGGCCCAGCCGGCCCCGAAGCACAAAGCGCUGGAGAGCGACAGGCCCAGCCAGCUGCAGUAGCCAGAGCCUGGUGCAGCCAUGCAGGCAGCGUGCCGCCGUGCACACCUGGAAAGGGGACCCAGCCGCUGCUCCUUCCUGUGGCUCCCAGCACGCCCCUGCGCUGCGCUCUGUGUGGUGUGCGAGUGAAGCAGUGACUAGGCUGGCGCCAGUGUCGGGGGGCCCUGGGUAGCCUAGUGGGCCGGAGCUGGCUCGGUGCAUGGCGGGGCCUGCACAGCCGCUGUAGGGAGCAUGGCAGCUCAACUCUGUUACCUCUUUAAAACAACAGCUCAUCCAGGCCGGCCGAGCCUGCCAAGCCCCAGCUGCCAGGGCCAUGCAGGCAUCACAGUGCCCUGUGCAGAGGGUAUUGGGGCAGUGUGCCAGCCUGACUACCAGGGGGCACUGGUCAUUGCCUGAUGGUGACCCUGAGGCUCAUUUUCUGAAUCCCUCCUUUAGACUGUGCCGGCUUUUCUCUGGCUCUGCUCCGACGCCUGGCCCUGGUGUUCUCUGCUGGCGACCCCUGGAGGAGAGCGAGCAGCUGGUGCUCCUUUGUGUGCCACUAGGAAUGUGCCGCUCUACCCUGCCAGCCUGCAGCUGUCUACAGUGCACUGACCCCGCUCGGGCAUGGGUGCCACAAAGGCCUGGUAGCUCUUGGGUCCCCCCGGCUCGCAGCACCUCCUGGUGUUUUCCCUACACAUGCCCAGCAGAAAUCCCUGACCCCAGGUCCCUAAUGGGCCAUACACAGGCCCUACUAACCUCUGCUGUAGUUUCCCUGAGCCCGGCUAGUUCAGCACCUCUCUCCGGUCCCACCCCAUGCCCAUUACCUACUGACUACUCUGUAGGGGGAGCAUGACUAGACAGGCUGCUUGGUCCCUCUUUGCCCCGUGGGGAUGGCCGUGUGUUUUCUGUGAUUCCCGGGCCUGGAAAGUCUGGCAGCAUCCAGCCCUCGCUACAGAACCAUGUGGCAGAUUCUUCGCUUUCCCUGAUGCAAAGCAGUGCAAAGCCAAUCUUCCACGUGUGCUUCACGUGUUACUAAUGCAGCAUUGUCUGCCUGAGUCUGCGGGGGGGCGCAUUGCCCGGGGCCUCUCAGCUGGGAGUGUUUAAGUUUGGAGUCUAUCGGGCGCAAUUAAAAUAUCACCACUUAGUUCCCUGCCUAUUAUGGUAGUGGAAGUGCUUGGGGUGUCUGUGUUGUAAUGUGCCAAUCACAAUGGUAGGUGGGUGCCAGUCUAGCCAGCACAGAGGGGCGGGUGGGGGGAGUUCAAACCUCCUGCUCCUGUGAAAAAAUAUUUCACAUCUUCUCCAAGGGGAGAGGGAACAGCCCACCCCUGCCAGCAGAGCCAGUACACUCUGCAGCAUCCUCGCUGGCAGACCCAAAGCAGCUUCCCCUGCACCCCAUCCUCAUGCAGCCCUGGGCACUUGGAUCACUGCAGGAUUGGGCUGGGAAGAAAUAACCCAGCCUUCCCCUGACCAGGUCAAGCCGCACCCUGUUGUCCUCAGGCCAGUAACACCCUCCCUUUGUGAGCUGACAAAGUCACGGGCUGGGCCACAGCAUUGGGUGUGUUUUGGCACAGUGUCGGUGGGGGGUGUGCAUUGGAGCCGGCCCCUCUCUGUGGAGUGUAGGGAUCAGCGUUCUGUUCUCCUAGGGCAGCAGGACGUCCCAGCGAGGCAGCCCUGAGUGGGGUUAAGAUUUAAUAGUGGCCUUGCCCCUUGACCUGGUAAUGCUGCCAUAGCACAAACCGGAUUUAAAGCUGCUCUAAAGCAGAGCUGAGGAUUCCCCAUUGUAUGCAAGUCCUGCCCUGUGCUCCCCACCUUCCCCAUCUGCCAGCAUAGGGAUGGGGCCACCGAUCCUGGCCAGCAGAGAGGCUUCUUGGGAGCUGGUUCAAGUUAGUGCAGCCUCAAGGCUGUUCUACCUCAUGCUGGGGGUGCCAGUUCAGCCCCCAGGCUCAGCGGUGGAAAGAUGGCACAUUCCCUAUCUCCCCUGUAUGCCAAGAGCUGCUCUGGUGCACCUGGGCAUCUAGCCCAGUAAUUUAGCAUUCAGCUGGUCUUAUCGCUCACCCCUUUGGAUCCAGGGAGGGUCUGAACCCACCUUCCCAGCUGUGCCCUGUUGGCUCUGCCCUGCCUCUACACACCCUCCCACUCCUGGGAUCAACAGGCGAGUCCUUCCUUUGCCUCCGAGAGACAACCCCAGCCCUGCCUGCCUCUCAUCCCCCAGGCCUGUAAGCCCUGCCCCCACAGGCCUCCAUUCUUCUGGUUUGUCUCUAGGUCUCGUGGCUUCAGUGCUGGCGAUGUAGCUGCGCUGGGGGCGGGGAACAAGAUGUGCCUGCUGCUUACGCUGCCAGACUUUGGCUCAGGCACAAGUUCUCUUGGCUACUGCCUCCCAGUGUGGCUGACAGCGGGGCUGUGGCCUUGUUUAAAGGGGCAGACACAGGCCAUGUGCUCUCUUCUUGCUUCUUCAUGGCAGAGUAUGGGGGCCUGAAAAUGCCCUGUCUGUUUGUUCCAUUAGAAUGCAGGUCCUGUCUGGGCUGGGGAAGCGGUGAAGUGAGGACAUCACAAUAGCCGAGCAGCAGGGGCUUGUUUGCAUUAGUGAUUUGCCCGCAGGUUGGUUGGUUGCUUAUUGCCUGGGGGUGUCACUGCCACAGUGUUUGUGGCUCACCCCAGGGCUCGGCCUAGGCAAGCAGGUCACUGGAGGUGAAACUUUAGUGGAGACAAGCCUGCUCUGUGAGUGUGAGCCGCUGUUCGGUGCCCUUUGGUUGGUGAGUUGGUAACCGUGCUAACGACCCCGGAGCAGGGAAGGCCUUCCCUGUAGUGACGGGGUUACGGGCUCACAGCAGCCAGCCUGAGUCUUCCCAACAGCCCUGGCAGGGCAAAGCCCCACAGCGCAGACACGGCCUUGGCUGCUCCUGCAGGGAAAGCGCAAGCAGAGCCAACCUUGGAAACAAAACAGCCCCCACCCUUCUCCUGCACAAAGCUGCCAAAAGCCCGGGUUUGCAAACCCCCAUAGGCCUCAUCUUCACCAGGAAAGGAGGUGUGAUCUUACCGCGAGCUAGCUAACAUAAGGGGAAGCCCUAGUGCAGACAUGUCUGGGGGUAGUUUUCACAUGAGUUAUCUCGACCUGCUAUUUUGUGUGAAAGCUACACGCUGCCUUGGCUGCUCUAGGGUUGAGCCUGGUAUUUGCUAACCCUCCUGCUCGGGUACCGCUGGCAGCUGACAUAAUGCCCCAGCACAGGGAGCCACUUGUAACAGGCACAGCUGGAUUUCCUUCUCCCUCUUGAGCCCUGCUCGCGGGAGGACAGGGAGGGCUCACGUUUGGGUUGUGUUUUACGAGAAGGAAUAAACAGUAGCUCUCUUGCUGUGAAUGCCUAGCAGCGCCAAGGCACAGGGAGCAGUUGUUACUGCUGUGUAGCUGGGGAGGUCGGUGCUGGACCCCCCGCAGGUGCCCUUGCCUAGCUGCACUGCGGUUAAAGCUACCCCCGCCUUGUCUCCACUAGGAUCCCACAGGAGCUAGCUCGGGCCUGUUAACUCGCUGUAAAAGCUCACCUUUUCUAGCAGUGACCGCAGGCUGAGCCGCCCAGCUAGUGCAAUUAAUGGUCAGCCUGGGCCAGCGGAGGGGGAGGGGAGCUGUUGAGGCCUUGUCCCGUUGGGCUCAGAGCACAGACUAGCUGUGACCGUGGGGCGUGGGACUGGGAUGCCACAGAACUUCAGUCCCAAUGGAGGUGACUGGUGCUGGCAGCAGCAGUGUUGUGGUGAUACAAAGCCGGGUGCCCAGCCAAGCUGCCUGUGCUAGGGAGCUGCCCGGCUGCUGCUUUGCACUCCAUGGCUGCGGCUGCGCUUCGCCCUUCUGCCGGGGCCGAUUCCUGCUCUCAGUCAGCCCAUUGUAAGAUAACCGUGUACAUACUCGUCUGUGUAUUGGCAACUGGGUGUGCGCGAGUGCAAUAAAACGCGAUGGACUGGCCUGCUCUCCAGUGCGUCUCUCCCGGCUGGAGGGGCUGGGAUACCCCUCCUUCCUGCUCUCCCGCUAGCUGGGGGGUGAUAUGGUGCCUAGCAGCGUGUUGCCCAAAGCUCAGCAUAGCAGGGGUUUGUCUCCGGGGCGGAGGAGGGGGACUGUGUGUGGUGCUGGGGGCAAAGGAGAAGGGGUUUCAUUUUUCUAGUCUGUUUGCACCCACUCCCAGGUGUAGGGUAGGCAACACCACCUGGGUCGUGAGACCAGUGCCUCAGCCGGCACCCUCCCUGGCACAGCUGCAGCCCCCAUCCCAAGGCAGGUACAAACUCUGAGGAGUGCAGUGACGAGACCUUGCUGGAACACCAUCGCCUGCUGGUGAGUUACACCAGAGUCUGGCCAGCGAUGUGCUCCAAAGGAAGGUGUGAAACCCCUGCCUACAUGGCUGCAGUGACGUUGGUUCCUGAGCCAUCAAGCAGGGGCUGGCUUCUGCCCUGACGUAUGAAAGGAUGGAGCCCUUUGAAAUCUUCCUCCUCUUUCAUGGAGCUGCAUCCCUUCUUAUUAUUCAAAUCCUACAUUCCAAAGCCAGCAGGGACCAUGCUCAUCAUCCUGCUGACUGUGUGUGUGACGCAGGCCAGAGAACAUCCCUGAAGGAAUUCCUUUCUGAAAUCCAGUUCUUAUUCUGUGUUCAAGCCUGCUGAGCUCUGGCCCUCAGCGCUUGGGGCAGGAAGUUCCACAGGUUCCAUUUAUAAACUAUAGUGUGUUUAAAAGCAGUCCCCCUUUCCAGUUGGAAAGUUGCUGCUUUUUAAUUUCAUUGGGCUUCCCUUUGGGCUGCUUUGCCUGGGAGUGUAAACAAGAGCCCCAAACUAACCUUACAUAUCUCUCCAUGUCCCCUCCUUUCUAAACUCUAUGGCUAAGCUGUUCAGUCUCUGCAUGGGAAAACCUUCCCCCCGCUGUGUUCUGCCUCAUCUUUGCACCUGCUCUCUGGCCACCAGGAUUUCUGAGCUGGGGUAACCAGACCUGAACACAACAGGCUAGGAGAGAAUGUACCAGCGGUUUCGAGAAUGGCACAAUAGUGUUUUCACUGCUCUUCUCAAUCCCAGUCCUUAUGCACCUAAACACGUUGCUGGCACCUGUAACUGGUCGUGCUGCACAUUGGGCAGAGGCUUUCAUUGAGCUCCCCACAGGGAUGCCCAGCUCCCUUUCCUGGGGCCACACAGGUAAUUUAGACCCCUGGGAUGCGUAGUAGUAGUAUUCUCUCUAAGGUGUAUUACACUGUAUUAUUCACCAGUGGAGUUCACUUGCUGGAUCAGGUCCCUCAGAGGUGCCUUGCAGUCCUCACUGGAUUGACUAGCGUAAAUACCGUUGUGCCUUCUGAACGCUCAUUAAUAAACAUAUUGAGCCACGUGAGCCCUAAGACGUAA